CUGCCCCUGUGGGGGAGGGGACACCAUCCUCGGAGGGAGGCCAGCGUAUCAUUCCUUUGCUGCCACAGCGUGUCAGAGAGGCGCCCUGUGAUAACCAUCGGUGGAAGUUUUGCAACUCAGUGUGUGAAGCCUCCUGGACUGCGGGCUCAGCAAGUGCCUGCCUCUUUGGGAUGGCCCCAGUGGCCGCUGCCGGUGCUGCUAGCUGCACUCAGCACAGGACAAGGGCUCAGGAGUCUGUGACCGGGAUGAAUCCAGCCACACCAUGAAGCCAGGGGCGUGCUCGGAGAUCUGGGACGCUGCUCACACAUUCGGGGCGCCUUCUGCACCUCCACCUGGGCUUGCCACCUUGUACCAGCCUUUGGGACUGCCUCCUGAAGGAACCCGACAGGCCCAGGCAGUGGCUGCCUGAGUCGCCUGUGGGUGUCCCAGCCCACCAGAGAGAGACAGCCCCAUUCUUGGCUCUGGGUGGCAGCGAGGCUCGGCCCCGAGUUCCAGCAGGAGAGCAGCUGGAGGCCAGCACUGAGGGACCAAGAAGAUGGAAGAACAGGUGUUCAAGGGGGACCCGGACACUCCUCAUUCCAUCUCCUUCUCCGGCAGCGGAUUUCUCUCCUUCUACCAGGCCGGGGCCGUGGACGCCCUUCGAGACCUGGCCCCCCGGAUGCUGGAAACGACCCAUCGCUUCGCCGGGACAUCGGCGGGCGCAGUGAUUGCGGCCCUGGUCAUCUGCGGGAUUGAAAUGGAUGAGUACCUUAGAGUCCUCAAUGUAGGUGUGGCCGAGGUGAAGAAAUCCUUCCUGGGACCCUUGUCUCCGUCCUGCAAGAUGGUGCAGAUGAUGAGGCAGUUUCUGUACAACGUGCUGCCCGAGGACUCCUACAAGGCCGCCACAGGGAAGCUGCACGUGUCCCUCACUCGGUUCACCGACGGAGAGAGUGUGGUCGUUUCAGAGUACACAUCCAAGGAAGAGCUCAUUGAGGCACUCUACUGCAGCUGCUUUGUCCCCGUGUACUGCGGCCUCAUUCCUCCAACUUACCGGGGCGUGCGCUACAUCGAUGGGGGCUUCACAGGCAUGCAACCCUGCUCCUUCUGGACUGACUCCAUCACCAUCUCCACCUUCAGCGGGCAGCAGGACAUCUGCCCCCGGGACUGCCCUGCCAUCUUCAAUGACUUCCGCAUGUUCAACUGCUCCUUCCAGUUCUCCCUGGAGAACAUCACCAGGAUGACCCAUGCCCUGUUCCCCCCAGACCUGCUGAUCUUGCACAACUACUACUACCGAGGGUACGAAGAUGCUGUUUCCUACUUGAGGCGGCUGAAUGCUGCUUACCUCAAUUCUCCCUCCAAGAGAGUCAUGUUCCCCCGAGUAGAAGUGUACUGCAACAUAGAACUUGCCCUUGGCAAUGAGUGCCCUGAAGGCAACCAAUCAAGCCUCCAAACAAAGCAGGAGGAAUCCACACAACUUCAUGCACAGUGGGCUCCCAAAGAGGAAGGAAAGGACAGCCAUGGUCCACUUGUGUCCUCACCUGUGGAGACACCUGAACCCACACAUGAGCAUCCUGUAGAAUCACCUGUUUCACCAGCUGCCUCUUCAUUUGAGCAGUCACCUGCAACUGCUCCGGCCUCAUCACAUUCUCCAGCUGACCUGCCGCCUGCCUCACUCCCAGAUGUGCCCUUAGCACUCAUCUCAACACCUGUCCAAUCACGAGCAUCUGGAUCACCACCAAGAUCCCCACCCUGCCAGUCAUCUGUGUCACUCAGGCCAUCCCUGGGGCCUUUGGCUGCAGUGGCAUCUCAAACAUUGCCCCAGUGUUCUCCUUCAGCAUCACCUACGCAGCUGCCCGUGCAGGACCUGGACCCAGAACAGCCCCAAGCUCCCCUCGCCUCUUCAAAUCCGAAAGGCGCCAUGCCUGUGGUUAAUGUGAAGGAAGCCACCAGCAAGCCUUAUGCAAUGGAAAACCCUGCUGAAGACUCGAGUUGGAUGAGCAAGAUAUUCAAGAAGAACAAACAAAAUACAAAUGGCACCAGAAAAGGCUUUCCAAGACAUCCACGAUCCAAAAAACCAGGCAGCAAAGCUCAGCCUGCCCCCUGCCCACUCGACUUCUCUCUGCUCUCCACUUCCGAGACGGUGUGGCUCACCUACAGGCCUCACCCCAGCCGGAUCCAGGAAUACAGCUGCCCUGAGGAAGCUGUGAGCCGAGAGAGAAAACUUGAGUUGGAAUGGGAGAGAACCUGAGGACGCCAUGGUAGAGCCUUCUCCCCAAGGCUCUUGGACGCGGUUCUCUCACUCCUGGGGACCAGGUGUUACCCACUACCAAGCCCGUUGGUGUGGAAGGCCCUGAUUCCCCUGGAGCGAGCACUUCCUUGUCUAAACCCCCUCUUAGCUUCUCUGAGGUCCUCCACACUCUGCUUAGGACAGACAGAGGGACACCAAUGUGGAUGGGCUCUGAGGACCAUACAGCACAUUCUGCUCCUGGCCAAUGGGCUCUGGGCCUUCCCCAGCCCAGCCCCGGCCUCACUUUGCUUCUUUGAGAUGGGCUGUCAGAUCCCGGCCCCCCAGAUUCUAGUCUACAGGGCCAAACCCUUGGGGAUGGAGCGGUACUGAAUCAUGGAUGCACUUUCCUCUUUCCUAUCAAGAGACCAGGUUCUUUGG